UUCAGAAAGUUUACUAUUGAUCUGUCUCUUUCUCUGCUUAUUCCUGCAUCAAUUUUUCACAACUUAACCUUUUCUUUUUUUCUCUCAACGCUCUACUUUAGUGGAGCUCCAAGAAGGGCUCCUUUUUUUACAGCAAAAAUUAGGCCCGAACAAAAAAGAAAGCGGCACUUGGCCCGCCUACGAGGUGAGAUUGCCCCAUGGACGGGCCCAAUCCGGGAGCCACUAUACAAAAACACCAGAGAAGGUCAACGUGAAAGUCGGCGUGAAGAAUAUCGCAACAGGCCAAUCAUCCCACCAUCCCGUCCGGACGAUCCAAUCAUCAUUGGCCCAUCACCCGAACAGCUGGAAAUAAAUCUCCGUCGGGUCUUGGAUCGAUUUGCAGCUACUGACCCUCCUCCAAGGCGAUACUUCCCGACACCGGCUGAGAGAGCCGAAUUCGCCAGACAAAUAUCGGCACCUGCCACUCAAGACUUCAGGGUCACCAGGGGGCUGUUUCACGGCCCCAAACAACAUCAACCAAACGUACCAGUCCAGGCAGCCGCCGCCGAAGAAGCAGGAGCCGUUGGCGGAAAAGAGAAAAGAGUAGAAGGGGCAGUUGGAGGUGAGGACAGCGAGGAGGACGAUACUCUGCAGUUGCUCUACGAGAGCCUGUCAAUUGAAGAGCCGACACAAGCUCCCAUCGUGACACCACCUAAACCAAUAGAGCCAACACGGCAAGGCCGAGCAAGAGGAAGGGGGCUACUGAUGCACUCGCAAGAGAGCCCCAGAGAACGAUCCAAAUCCAGAAUCGCCUGGAUUCGAAGACUGGCGGAGAAACAAGAAGGAAAUUAGAUUCCCUCCAUUGUUCCAAUAACAUCACUGUAUUCUAGGAAUGUCGUCUUGUCGUCGAUAAAUACAGGAUGUGUCUUUCUUCCAUAAAUUUACUCUAAUAAUAUUCAAAAAAAAAAAA